AUGGAUGACAACAGGAAGUUCGAUGCGAAGGCGUUCAUGCCGAAGCGGGUCAAUGCUGAGAUCUCCAGGCGCUACGACAUCGACAAGAACGAGAUCGGUUCGGGUGGCUAUGGGAAGGUCUUCGUUGCUCGGGACCGCACGAUGCGGGACCGGAUGGUUGCCAUCAAGAAGGUCAUCAUCUUCGAGGACGCCAAGAAGAAGGCCUUUCUCCAAGAGGCCCAGAUCAUGAAGGAUCUGGACCAUCCCAAUAUCUGCAAGCUCCUUGAAACCUACGAACAGGGGCGUGUCCUGCAUGAAUAG